AUGUCAGUGCCACCAGGACUUCCUCAAAACUUGUCAGCGUUUGACGAAGGGGGAUCUGGAGAAUGGCUUCCCGAGGCUCCACUCAAACUCUAUACAAAUGCAUUCGUCCUUCAUGGCGAUAAGAUUCUGCUUGGUUUGAAGAAACGCGGUUUGGGUGUCAACAAGUAUAAUGGAUUCGGAGGCAAGGUGGAGUCACGGGAGUCGACAUUGGAAGCAGCGUUACGGGAAUUAAAAGAAGAAUCGGGUAUAACUGCGCCUUUAGAGCUCGCAGGCACCCUUCUGUUUGUGGUUCCCGGCGAAAAAUGGGCACACAUCGAUAUAUUUCGAGCCGAAAACUAUUCUGGGACGGUGACGGAAUCUGAGGAAAUGUGUCCAGAGUGGUUCAACCAAGCGAGCAUACCAUAUGAGAAGAUGUGGGAAACCGACCGGACCUGGCUUCCGCUCCUUCUGUCAAAGAGGCCAUUCGCAGUCCGAGCGGACUUCGGACGAAACUCUGCGGAAAACUACACUCUGCGACGAUGGUGGGUUGGGGUGCAUUCGCCAACUGUCUAA